AUGGCUGUAACUAAUCUCGUGUGGCACAGCUUUAUCGCCGUGGCCGGCUGGGCACAGCAUACCAGUCCUCAACCCGGUGGCAGACCUUUUGGUCAUUUCCGAUCUCUCUCUUCAAUAGCUCGAUCUCCGUCACCAAGUCCUAGGGCCACGAAAACGUCGAGUAAAGCACCUUCCGUUGUUGACAUGCCCAUCAUGUCUUCCUCAGUCGCGUCAUCGCCAUCACUACGGCCCACGACAACAUUAACACGUCUGGACGAUGACGGCGAACUUAGCACCCUACCCGAUCCGCGCAGCCGGGCUAUGAGUCCCGCAAGCGAAGCUGAUACUCCUCAGCAUCCUGAACUGAAUGACGAAGUCGCAACUCUGAGCGCCAAAUUAAUCAACGCCAUCAACCAUCAAACAACCCUCGACGACACAUUAUCUGCCACGAGGCAAGAGCUGGAAAGAGCACGCGAGAAGAUUAAGCAUUUGGAAGAACAGAAUGAAUCACAAAGAGAAAUGCUUGCGGGCGAUAUUUGGAUUCGUCGCAAGACCGCCGAGGAAGAAAAGAAGAUCAUCAUGCUCCGUGUUACGCAAGAGAAGAAAUUGCGGGAGGAUGCCGAGAAGGAGCAGAAGAGGAUCGAACAAGAGCUAGAGAGCUUAUCCACGGCUUUGUUUGAGGAGGCCAACAACAUGGUCAUUUCCGCUAAAGAGGAGGCAAGGCUAGAGCAGGAGGCCAUUCAAAGAAAGAACGACAAUCUGAGGUCCCAGCUUGGCGAUAUGGAGGCCUUGCUGACCUCUCAGCAACAGCAACUAGCAGAUCUUAAACACGUUAUGGAGCUCAUGGCGCUUGAAAGAGACGACGCUACGACCGGCACUGCUCCUUCGUCUCCAGGCUUCAGUAAGCCCGACACAAUGAAGGACGACGAACGCUCAGAAGGCCUAGUCUCUUCGCCUCUGAUGGACCCGACUUCGCCGACGUAUCCUACUAGCUUGACGCAUCUCAUUCAGCCAGUCCUGAGGACUGACCUGGGAGCAUACGAGGACUUCCUCAGCCUUACGAAGCUGUCUCGAAAUCGUGCUGGAAGCCGUGUUUCGUCUGGCUCGUUCAACGGUCUAAGUGGGUUGGGCCUUGGCAUGGGCGGCAGCACUUCGAGCGCUCACCCUUCCAAUGCCUCAACUGCGUCUCUGUCUACGACGGGAACCCCGGCGACGUCAUCACCGCAGACGCCGAACACCCCGGCCUCCGUGUCGAGCGCGGCCUCAGCUAACUUGGGCCCACCCCCGCCGGCUCUCAAGGAAACCAAGUUUUUCAAGCGUGUCCUGGCUGAGGAUGUCGAGCCGACACUCCGACUGGACAUUGCCCCGGGCCUGUCCUGGCUUGCGCGUCGCAGCGUUUUGAAUGCCAUGAGUGAUGGCUCAAUCGUGGUGGAGCCAAUUCCUGCCAAUGCGCCCUUUGCGUCACUUGUCAAGCCGCAGUUCUACCCCUGCUCCUUGUGUGGCGACUCGCGCAAGGAUGAGGAGCACCUGCGAACAUACCGUUUCCGAACCAGCGAGUCUGAAUCAGCUCAGCGAUACCCCCUUUGCAAAUAUUGUCUGGGUCGUGUAAGAUCCACCUGCGAUUUCCUCAACUUUUUGCGCAUCGUCAAAGACGGUCAUUGGCGAGCGGAGGAUGAAGACGCGGAAAAGGCUGCAUGGGAAGAAAGUGUCCGCCUGCGAGAACAGAUGUUCUGGUCCCGAAUUGGCGGUGGCGUCGUCCCGGCCAGCCAUAGCCAUCAUUCGGUACCCCUAGAUAAGAGCCCUCGAAUUAGCCAUGAAAGCGAGUCUAGAGACACGGAACCAGAGGUGGCAGUGACAGCUGCGGAAAACAUUAGCAACGAUACUACCCCCUUCGCCACUCCUCUCGAGGAGACAGCUAGCCAGCUGGAUGCGGAAGAGUCAUCGGCGAGACCAGAGACGCCCUGCCCGAGUAACCGAAACUCAGCACUGUCCUCAUCACCGGAGAAGAGCUCCGCUGUAGAGCUGGACGGAGAAAAACGACUGUCCAUCAAUAUUCCCAACAAAGAGGAGCAACAGAUUGUGGUUGUGGCAACCGAGGAAAAGGGCGAAACCCCAGCAUAA